UCCAAAAAGACGCAACAUCGCACCCUCUGACUUGAUGCAGGGCAGAAGAUAAAGGAUUGCUCUGAUGCCAUUGCCAAAGAAGUGGUUGUUUUCAUCUCAAAACUUGUCCCUUCUCUUCACCUCCACCCACUAUAUUAGUUAGCAGGAGGGACUGUUGCUUUCAAGAUUUCGAACGCAGCCCUGAUUCCUACCCUCAGGAAACAACUGGGUUUCAACAGUUGCCAUCUGCCUUCUUGCUACAGAAUUUUGCAUUUAAUUAAAACGAAACAGAAAAUAAGGAGAGAGCAUGAGUAAGGCGGGUUUUUCUGCGUUUGCUUUCACACUGUCCACUUUCACCACCAUGCAGACUCUCCUGGGAUUGAUCGUGCUCUCUGUGCUUCUAACUCCAGGCAGUUCUUUGCACUGUGCCACUUGCACAGCGAUCGGGAACAACUGUACCGGCACUAUUGAGAAGUGUAAGCACGGCGAAGAUGCUUGCGUUUCUGUCUGGAUGGAAAUCACCACGCAAGGGAUAACCCUCGAUACCAUUGUAAAGAGAUGCACUAUAAAGUCUGCCUGUGCUGAUUUAAAAUCGGGAAUAGAAAGUGCCAUUCAGCAAUUUGCAGACACCAAGGCUGUUGUUAAGGAAGUCGAGUGCAGCAAAGCCCCGUCAUCCUCGGGAUCUCUCCUCUUGGCUCUUUUUGGCUGGCUGCUUCUGAAGAUGCUCUCCUAAUGUGCAGCGAUGCGCCUCUGGGGGAAAAAAAUGCUUCCUCCUAGGUACUAUGCAGCCUUCUCGUGAUCCCGUCGCCCGUCUCUUAAGAGGGGUUUGCCACUUUCUUUUUACCCCCCCAAGCUUUAAUUGGAGUUUAUCAAUACAGUAUGCUACACAGCAAAAACUCCGCUUCAACACGUGCUGCAGAACUGCAAGAUGAAAACAACAAUCUGAAAUUCAAUGCUGUUGGUGUGAAGCAGCCAUGAAGAAAAAAAUCAAGAAAGGAAUGUAGCAAAGCCGUGAACAUAAAUGUUAAUGUUAUCUUUGUUUUCAAGUCAAUAAACAUUCUGCAAAAUUUUACUACUUA